AUGAAGAGGCGGUACACUCACCUGUUAAACCGAGAGCCAACUAGCAUUCUCGAGUCCAUGUACCAGGAGGCGCUACGUGAGAGCGAGGCCCGGGACCAGGUGCGGAAGCAGUCCGUGAUCAACUUGCAGGCCGCUGUAGUCUUGCAGGGAGGUUACCUCGACGAGGUCCACCAACGGAUGCAGGGCCGGGAACAGAAGGAGGCGGGAAAGAAGCCGGGGGGGAAGGCUGUUUUCAAGCACGAGCAAGCACAGAAGCGGAAGGCAGAGGAGAAAGAGGAGCGUAAGUUGGAAAAGGAGCGUCAUACGAAGGCACUAGAGAGGUGGAAGGAGGCAUGCAAGGCACGAGAUGAGCGGGUCAAGGCACAGAAGGAGCGGUAUCGCCAGGCCUUGGAGGAGUGGGAGGAUGAGCGACAGCUAGCCAAGACAGAGCGGAGGAGGAUUGGAUGGCAAAAGCCAAUGCUAGGAGCAGUUGAGAAGAAGCCGGGACGGCCAAAGAAGAGGGCGGCACAGCAGGCAGACGAGGAUGGCAGCGACGGAGAGGAGCAGGAGGAUGAAAGUGAGAUGGACGUUGAUUACGAUGACUAG